GCGCUUUCCGUCUUUGUGGCGCUCGUUCACAGCACCAACCUUGGCUCGACGUCAGAGCCUGUGCAGCAGUGCAGUAUAAUGGGAGAGCAAGCAACACAGAGAGCCUCAUAGGGGGGCUGCAUAACGCUGCUGUAUCCUCUGCUUGGCGCUCUCCUGUAGCCUCUCAUAAAGCCCGUGCUCGGGCAUCCCCUCCUCUCUGCCGGAUCCGUACCCUUCGACAUGGAUGUCCCAUCAUCCCUCGACCCCGAGGAUACCUGUUUCUUGGCGCAGUGAAGAGCGAGACGGACGAAAGGAGGAAGGAAUCAUGCCGGGAUCGCGAAUGGAUUUGGGGAAAGCGCGAGUGACCAUGCCGUGAUCUUGCACAUCCAGGGCCGCCGCUACCCCUGCUUUUGCCCAACAGCCGUAGACGAAUCACGGGGAAUCAAGCCCGCCGCGCACCGGGGAGGAAUUAUCCACUGUGCAUUUGCUUUGAAAACAUCAUGAAGAUUACCUCCCAUCAUCUGAUGAUAACCGGUCUCGCUAUCAGGUUCAACCUCAGGCUGAUCCCGCUUCUGCUGCUGUUUCUUGGAUACACUCGCGGGAUGCCGCACGUUCUCAGAUUUGGGGGAAUAUUUGAAUCCAUUGAGAGUGGCCCCUCCGGAGCAGAGGAAUUAGCCUUUAAAUUUGCUUUGAACACAAUCAACAGGAACCGCACAUUGCUCCCAAACACCACACUGACCUAUGACAUCCAGAGAAUAAACAUCUUUGAUAGCUUCGAGGCCUCCCGGAAAGCAUGUGACCAGCUUUCGCUUGGAGUUGCAGCCAUAUUUGGCCCCUCGCACAGCUCUUCUGCCAACGCAGUCCAGUCCAUCUGCAACGCUUUGGGAGUGCCCCACAUCCAGACCAAGUGGAAGCACCAAGUGUCUGACAACAGAGACUCAUACUAUGUCAGCUUGUAUCCUGACUUCUCCUCCCUCAGUAGAGCCAUCCUCGAUCUGGUGCACUUCUUCAAGUGGAGAACCGUCACCGUAGUCUAUGACGACAGCACAGGUACAGGUCUCAUUCGACUGCAGGAGCUGAUCAAGGCCCCGUCACGAUACAACAUUCGUUUGAAGAUCCGACAGCUGCCCACGGAGACCAAGGACGCCAAGCCACUUUUGAAGGAGAUGAAGAAGGCGAAGGAGUUUCAUGUCAUCUUCGAUUGUGGACACGAGAUGGCUGCCUGGAUCCUGAAACAGGCCCUGGCCAUGGGUAUGAUGACUGAGUACUACCAUUACAUUUUUACUACCCUGGACCUUUUUGCCCUUGAUAUGGAACCGUAUCGCUACAGUGGAGUUAACAUGACCGGGUUUCGCAUUCUCAACACGGAGAACUCUCAGGUGUCAUCAAUCAUCGAGAAGUGGUCAAUGGAGCGGCUACAAGCCCCACCCAAACCAGACUCAGGCCUGCUGGAUGGAUUUAUGACAACGGACGCCGCUCUGAUGUACGACGCCGUUCAUGUGGUGGCUGUGGCGGUGCAGCAGUCACAGCAAAUCACCGUCAGCUCUCUGCAGUGUAAUCGCCACAAGCCGUGGCGCUUUGGAGGCCGUUUCAUAAACCUUAUCAAAGAGGCUCAUUGGGAUGGCUUGACGGGACGUGUUCUCUUCAACAAGACCAAUGGGCUGAGAACAGAUUUCGAUUUAGAUGUCAUCAGCCUGAAGGAAGAAGGGCUGGAAAAGAUUGGAACGUGGGAUCCCCCCAGCGGUCUAAAUAUGACAGAGACUCACAAAAGCAAGACAUCUAACAUCACCGACUCCUUGGCAAACAAAUCCUUGCGUGUAUCCACUAUUCUGGAGGAGCCAUAUGUGAUGUUCAAGAAGUCGGACAAGCCUCUGUACGGGAACGACCGCUUUGAGGGGUACUGCAUCGACCUGCUGAGGGAACUCUCUGGUAUUCUGGGGUUUCGCUAUGAGGUGCGAUUAGUGGAAGAUGGGAAGUAUGGCGCACUGGACGAGGGCGCGGGCCAGUGGAAUGGCAUGGUGCGGGAGCUCAUGGACCAUAAAGCGGACCUUGCUGUUGCUCCUCUGGCCAUCACCUACGCCAGGGAGAAGGUCAUCGACUUCUCAAAGCCCUUCAUGACUCUGGGGAUAAGUAUCCUGUACCGCAAGCCAAACGGCACCAAUCCUGGCGUCUUCUCGUUCCUCAACCCGCUCUCACCGGAUAUCUGGAUGUAUAUUCUGCUGGCUUGCUUGGGUGUCAGUUGUGUGCUGUUUGUCAUAGCCAGGUUUAGCCCCUAUGAGUGGUACAACCCGCACCCAUGCAACCCAGACUCCGAUGUAGUGGAAAACAAUUUCACACUGCUCAAUAGUUUCUGGUUUGGAGUUGGGGCGCUCAUGCAGCAAGGCUCCGAGCUCAUGCCCAAGGCCCUAUCGACUCGGAUAGUCGGAGGCAUCUGGUGGUUUUUUACCCUCAUCAUCAUUUCGUCAUACACAGCCAACUUAGCUGCUUUCCUCACCGUGGAGAGGAUGGAGUCACCGAUAGAUUCUGCUGAUGACCUGGCUAAGCAAACAAAAAUCCUGUAUGGGGUGGUGGAGGAUGGCGCCACCAUGACGUUCUUCAAGAAGACAAAGAUCUCUACAUAUGAUAAGAUGUGGGAGUUCAUGAACAGCAGGAGGCAAUCUGUGAUGGUGAAGAGUGUGGAGGAGGGCAUCCAACGUGUUUUGACCUCUGAUUACGCCUUCCUUAUGGAGUCCACCACCAUUGAGUUUGUCACCCAGCGCAACUGCAACCUCACGCAGAUUGGUGGCCUCAUAGACUCCAAAGCCUAUGGAGUAGGAACGCCUAUGGGCUCCCCUUAUAGAGACAAGAUCACAAUAGCUAUUCUUCAGCUGCAAGAGGAAGGGAAGCUGCACAUGAUGAAGGAGAAGUGGUGGAGAGGCAACGGCUGUCCAGAGGAGGAGAGCAAAGAGGCGAGCGCUCUGGGAGUGCAGAACAUCGGCGGGAUCUUCAUCGUUUUGGCCGCAGGGCUUGUGCUGUCAGUAUUUGUUGCCGUGGGGGAGGUCCUUUACAAGUCCAAACAGAACGCACAGCUGGAAAAGCGAUCCUUCUGCAGUGCCAUGAUGGAUGAGCUGCGCGUCUCUCUGAAGUGCCAGCGUCGUCUCAAACAAAAGCCUCAGCCGCCUGCCAUCGUCAAGACAGAGGAGGUCAUUAACAUGCACACGUUCAACGACAGGAGACUCCCAGGGAAGGAAACCAUGGCAUGAAAACUGACAACACCCCGAAACAUUCCCCGCAGAAAAAAUCGCUGAGGGGAGACGGGGGUCGAAUUAACAAAGACUUAACCACAGGCUGAGGUUAGAAGUAACAGCAGGAUUCCUUUUUGAACCACCAUGUAGACAGAUGUUUCCUGUGGAAAUACAGAUACCUGAGCAGUGUCACCUCACUGUGACAAUUACUUUUUGAAAGGGAGCUGGAAACUGCGGACUCUCUCCCAGGCUGGGCGGGUCAAGUAUGUAAACUGGAAAUCCGAUCCGAGCAGGUUUGGGGCAAAAUAAUCAUAAUAAUAAUAUUAAUAAUAAUAAUAAUAAUAAAGAAAAGACGUUAGCUGGUUCACACCAGAAGUGGAUUUAAACACACAUGUAUACACACACAUACACACACACACCCAUAUUGUCAUUUGGCACUAUUUACUGCUGUGCAUAAGGAAAGACUCGGUUUGGACAGUCAGUUCUAGUUUUUCUGUUGAUGUCAAUGCCCUUUCUCUUACUUCCAUGUCUGUGGCCCCUUUCCCUUGGUGGCUUGAGUUGCUCUUAAAUCAUUUGAAUAAACACUAAUUUCACGUAAAAAAAAAAAAAAAAAUUGAAAGUAGUCAACACCAUCUGGUUUAUAAUAAAUGAACUGAUGUAUAAAAGUGAUAAUUAGUUUGGAACCAUCCAUGCCGAUCUUGCCAGAUUCUGUCAUUUUCUUCUAUGUGUGCCAAAGUUCUGCCGUUGUGAAGAACUUCCUACCACGCCUGUUUAUGUUCGACGCUUCUACACGCAAUGUAAUUUGUCAAGCUCCUUACUCAUGUCCGCCCUUUAAACACGGUUUUCACUCUCUGUAUCGGUUGUUGUUUAAAAGGUGGGAUUUCUACAAAAAAGUGUCUGUUUUUGUACAAGAGCAACAAAGUUUUGUAGUACUUUGUAUCAUACGGUAGCCCCUCCUGUGGAUAAAAUAUGUAGCAGAUACCAACUCAGCCCUCAGACUCUUGACAACUUCAGCUUCAGGCUCCGACCUGUCGAGUCCAUCGCUUUCAUCGAUGCGAGAUUCGGUCUGUCGUCUGCCAGUCUCACGGGGACCAGCAGGACAUAAUGUUUGUGGACGAUGUACUGGAUUCUGGUGGGGUAGAGCAAUGCAGUUGUAAAUGAAGAGAUGCUUGAAAAGAAAAAAAAAACAUUCAACUCUUGUCCCAUCAGACAUCAGAGUGUGGGUAAUUCCGAGUAGCUAUGACGAGUCACCAUGAAAGACAUGGUAAAACAUGCAAAAUGUUGCUUUUGUGGAAUAUAAAUACAACCGUAGUUUUGUAAAUCUGUUGUACUAAUGAGAUUUUCUUUUUUUAUGGUAAGUCCUAAAAGUUUUAUUUUUUAAACUAGUGAAACUAGAAGGUUUCACCUAUAAGUAUCAGAGACUUAAACACAAAAAGUAUGUUGUUUAAACAACACAAAUUAUAUGGACAGACUUCAUUAAAAACACAUAUUUUAAAAGCUUUUUCUUGAAAGAAUAGCUCUUUUCAGUUCAUACAUAGUGUAAAUAAUGCAAAUAUGUCUGACUUAGUUUGAAAAUUAUCACUUUUAGGACUCAUAUUUAGUGGCAUCUGAAUAAAUUAGAAUAUUAUUGAAAAUUAACUCAUAUUACAAUAUUUCACUUCAUAUAUUAAUAAAUGUGGCUUACAGCUAAACCAAAAAAUGUUCCGCUUCUAAGAAAAGUGCAAUACUACAUAAGACACAUAAAAAACUAUUAAUUUUAUCCUAGCACCAUCCUGAAAAGUAUACCGAUGUGCUGUAGAGCCACGUGAACUACUCCAUCAAUGUGGUGUGGCAUGUAGGCCAUCAGCCUGUGGAUCUGUGAAGAAAGCCCGUGUUGUUAAUCAGUUUCCCUGCAUUGUUGGCUCAGAUGUCUCUUAUUUUCCUCUAGGUGAUCAUGUUGAAUUUGCUGAUCAGUCAAGCUCAUUGUUACCCUGGUUAUUGAAGCAGGUAUUGGUACUUUUGGCAGAUCAGGGGCCAAACCAUGAUGGAACGUGCAAUCAACAUUUCCAGAGACCAGAAAGAAACAUGAAGUGCCCUAAGCUUUCCUGGUAAAUAGCUACUAUGACUAAGGACCAAUACAAAUAGAUGGCAUGGCCCCCCUAAAUCAAAUCUGAACGGGGAAAAUUCAUAUGAAACAACUUGGAUUUUGUGCCACUCUUGAUAGCCCUAGAAUCGUGAGUCUAUCUUUCAUUCUGGUUUCCAGGCUGUGGUGUUUCCUGCUUAGUGCUCCUUUGUCUCGCUCGCUUUCUCCUUUCACUCAAUUUUGCAUUAAUCCUCCUGGACAUAGCACUGUCUGAACAUCCAUUAGCAUUUACCUUUGCUAACUUACCCUUCUUGUGGACGGGGUCAGUGUUAGCCUGUUAGACAACCGUCAAGUCCACAUAUCCUCAAUGAUUUUGCAGCUCUUAUGACACCUGUAGUAUAAGAUUUCUGCAUUUCAAAAUGAAUUCUCAUUUUUUAUUGGUCUCAUGUGAUAUUCAUGAUUUUCUAAAAAAAAAAAAAAAGACAAAACUCAAUUUUGGACCUAUAUUAGCUGUAAGCCAUAGUCGCAAAAUUGCAAAACAAUAAACACUUAAUAAAUCCGUCUCUGUGUAAUGAAUGCAUAAGGUAUGAGUGUCACUUUUGUUUUAUACAAUUACAUAAAAUUAACUUUUCAGUGAUAAUCUAAUUUACUGAGAUGCACCUGUAAAUGACCUCAGAAGUGGGCUAGAAUGAUAGGAUGGGGGUGUAUUUUGAAUGUUGAAACCAGUGCAGCUGCAGUAAAUCUGACGGUGGGGUAAUCAGGAGCUCCGAGGCGCUCAUAUGCUGGAUAGUAAAUAUCCCACCUUAGCUCAAAAACCGGGUAGUGCUUCGCUCAUCUUGCCUCGAGUGGGCUUCAUCAUCUUGAGGGCUUGAUGUUGAUGAUAGUUUGUGGGCUGAACAAAAUCAUUUAUCCGCUAAUUGUCUCCAGAUGUGUGUUCUCUUCAUGAUGUAAUACAACCGCAUUUGGUCAAACAACUCUUCCCGUCUGUUAAAUCUGUUCCCUGCUGUGAAAUGACAAGCACACUUGAUAGGUUACUACUCCCACUGCCCCAGCCUUGACCUAUUUAUUCAAUUCAUCGCGUUUUCCAGGUGUUAGAAGACACGAACACUUACACGGGGCCCUCUAAUGAUUGGACAUUUAAGGGGUAAUUGAAUGAUCAUAUAAGAACUGACAAGAGGGAUUAUAUAUUUAAGCUUUUGGUGAUCUACCAGUGUUGCUUGUCAUUUUCCGUAUAGCUAUAUCAAGUGGUGCACACAGAAUGAAUUCCUGAAAACGAUCUUCAAUCGAUUCCAAAGGCUUAGCGGUAAAAAAAAAAAAAAAAAAAAACAAUGUGAGCUCAUGGAGUUUGACAUUAAUGAAAAGGUUUUACAAAAACUGUCAUUAAAAAUGUCACAACUG